CGGCGGGGCUCGGCGUCCUGCGGCGGGGAUCGGAGCUGCCGCUGGCUCGGCAGGUACGUGGAGGUGGUUAUUCCCAGCGCAAGGCAGAUUAAUGAUUUGCAGCGCCGCGCAGGAUGUGCUCCCUCUGUAACUGAGCGUUGCUCAAGGCUUCGUAGCUCGGAAGAGCUUUGCAAAUUAAGUCCUGCUCCAACAAGUUUUGGAGGACUUGAAAUAAACAUCCUCCCUUUCCUGCCUCGUGCCUGGAUGCAGCUUUUCUCCGCUGCUUUUCCCUGAGCAGAACCUGAGCCUUUCCCGUAGGAAUUUGUCUUCUGGCAGCUGUGAUGGGGUCGGACACGGUCUGGAGCUGAGCCCCCUCCCCAGGCAUCCUCCCGGGCAGCCCUGGUGCAGAGGCAAGUUCUCCGGUGACAGAAAGGGCAGCGUUUUCUUCCAAACUACCCAUCAACUUUUUGGUGAAAAUAGCUUAGCCUGGGAAGUUCUGCUUUUGCCUGCAUCUCCCCGGCAGGACUCGAGGCUGUUUCAGUUCAGCGCAGUAGCUGCAAGUCCGGAAGAGGUUUUAUGAAGUUAAUUUUUCACUGGCAGCCUGUGGGUGUUACAGGAGGGUUUAGGAGGCCGAGUCAGGGUCAGGACUGCUCUGCCUUCGACCUGGGGCCUCUUCAACCAGGCGAGGUGGGAAAAGAGCAUUCGAGAGGGAAGCUGAGCAGCAAACAGCCUGGUUUUAUCUGCAUCCGUGCUCCCCUGCUUCAGGCAGGCAUGAGUUACAGACCCAUCUACUCCAUUUUUAUGGGGAAAUUACAGAGACUUUGAAAAUAAACAGUCUCAUCCCCUCCUCCUCCUCCUGUUCCCAAACUUUGAAGAGCUUUUCCUGUCUGAGCUGUCCCUGCAAUGACUGUACUUGCCAGGAGUUGAGGCAUAAAUCGGCACCGGAGCUGGACGGGAGUCGGGCUGUUUUGUUCGGAGCUUGUCUGAGCAGGUUGUUUUGUGUGGCAGGGACACAGAGUUCGGCUGCAUCAUGGCAACGGUCGUCACUGAAAAGCUCAGCCGCCUCUUCAUUAACAUGCGGCAGGUCCCUCAGCUGCUGGCCCCCCUCUCUCCCUCCACUGUCAGCAGUUCGGAGGUGCCAAAGGUCUUCUGGAAGCCCUACAUCCACGCCGGCUACCGGCCAGUGCAGCAGACCUGGCGUUAUUACUUCUCGACGCUCUUCCAGCAGCACAACGAGGCCAUCAACGUCUGGACCCAUCUGGUGGCAGCGCUGAUCCUGCUGCUGCGGUUCCAGCAGCUCUGGCAGCGGGUGGAUUUUGGGCAGGACCUGCAUGCCCAACCCCUCCUCAUCAUCAUCGUGGCAUCCAUCACCUACCUGACGUUCAGCACCCUCGCUCACCUUCUGCAGGCCAAAUCCGAGUUCUGGCACUACAGCUUCUUCUUCAUGGACUAUGUGGGGGUUGCCAUUUACCAGUACGGCAGCGCUCUGGGGCACUACUACUACGCCAUCGAGCCAAGCUGGCACGAGAAGAUCAAGGGGUUUUACAUGCCGGUGGCUGUCCUGUUAGCGUGGCUGUCCUGCGCUGGUUCCUGCUACGCCAAGUACCGGUACCACCAGUCCGCUCGCCUUCUGAGCCGGCUCUGCCAGGAGCUGCCCUCCGGCCUGGCGUACAUGCUGGACAUCAGCCCCGUGAUCCACCGCAUCUCCACCACGCCGCCCUCCGAGCGGGAGGACCCGGCCCUUCUGUAUCACAAAUGCCAGGUGCUGUUUUUCCUCAUCGGUGCCUUUUUUUUCUCACACCCUUACCCUGAGAAGUGGUUCCCGGGGAAAUGUCACUUCUUUGGGCAGAGCCAUCAGAUUUUUCACGUGUGCUUGUUUCUCUGCACGCUGGCGCAGAUCGAGGCGGUGGUGUUGGACUAUGAGUCCAGGAGACACAUCUAUUCCGCUCUUCAGGGUGACUUGGCGCACAACUUCUCUGCCCUGUGCCUUUUCACUGUCACCUGCUCUGUCCUCACAGCUGCUUACAUGGCCCGCAAGGUGAAGAACAAGCUGAGCUUCAAAGAAGAGUAAGAGCCAUCCAGGAGAGGCAGGUGAGAUCACCCCAAGGGUUGAUCUGACCCCGGCUGUGGUGAUGCUGGCAUGAAUCCGGCCACAAAUUUCGAGGAGAGGAAUGAAAUGCUUCGCGAACUGUUGCUUGGCGGUACUCUCUGUAGGGAGGGGAAAGUAAGAGCUGCUUUAUAUGCUUUUUAAAUUCAGAAUUAG